CCCCGCCCCGCCUUUGGCCCCACAUGUUCGGUCCGGAAAAACUGUUGGGGCAGCUGCCCAAGCUGGAGCGCUACGGGAAUAUGGCGUCCGUGGGGGAUUUUAACCCGGUGAGCGCCAACGUCCCGGCCACCCGGGUGGAGAUCUCCGUGUCUUGCAGGAACCUUUUGGAUAGAGAUACAUUUUCAAAAUCUGAUCCAAUUUGUGUUUUGUAUACACAAGGGAUGGGAAAUAAAGAAUGGAGAGAGUUUGGAAGAACAGAAGUAAUUGACAAUACUUUGAAUCCAGAUUUUGUAAGAAAAUUUAUAAUGGAUUACUUUUUUGAGGAAAGACAGAACCUGCGAUUUGACUUGUAUGAUGUUGAUUGCAAGAGUCCAAACCUUUCCAAGCAUGAUUUCUUGGGACAAGUGUUCUGUACAUUAGGAGAGAUCGUUGGGUCACAAGGAAGCAGAUUAGAAAAACCAGUUAUAUUGAAACUUCCUUCCUGGAACCUGGUUGCCAAAGCAAAAAUGGCCAACACGAGUAGACUGAAGAAAGGAAUUCCUGGGAAGAAAUGCGGCACAAUAAUACUGACAGCAGAGGAACUGAACUGUUGCCGGGAAGCUGUUCUGAUGCAAUUUUGUGCAAACAAAUUAGACAAGAAAGAUUUCUUUGGGAAAUCAGAUCCCUUCCUGGUAUUUUUUCGUAGCAAUGAAGAUGGCAGUUUCACAAUCUGCCACAAGACAGAAGUUAUAAAGAACACAUUAAAUCCAGUAUGGCAGGCAUUCAAGAUAUCGGUCAGAGCACUUUGUAAUGGAGAUUAUGACAGAACAAUUAAGAUAGAAGUGUAUGACUGGGAUAGAGAUGGAAGUCAUGAUUUUAUUGGAGAAUUCACAACCAGCUAUAGGGAAUUGUCCAGAGGACAGUCACAGUUUAAUGUAUAUGAGGUAAUAAACCCAAAGAAAAAAGCAAAAAAGAAAAAAUACAUUAAUUCAGGAACAGUAACAUUACUUUCCUUCCUUGUGGAAACAGAAGUUUCAUUUCUCGACUAUAUUAAAGGAGGGACUCAAAUCAAUUUCACCGUGGCUAUUGAUUUUACAGCUUCAAAUGGUAACCCUGCACAUCCAACCUCACUUCACUACAUGAAUCCAUACCAACUGAACGCAUAUGGCAUGGCAUUAAAAGCAGUAGGUGAAAUCAUUCAAGACUAUGAUAGCGACAAAAUGUUUCCAGCUCUAGGUUUUGGUGCAAAAUUGCCUCCGGAUGGAAGAGUAUCUCAUGAGUUUGCCUUGAAUGGAAACCCACAAAAUCCUUACUGCAAUGGAAUUGAUGGCGUAAUGGAAGCAUACUAUAUGAGUUUAAAAUCUGUACAGCUUUAUGGACCAACAAACUUUGCUCCAGUUAUUAAUCAUGUAGCAAGAUAUGCUGCCUCAAUAAAAGAUGGCUCCCAGUAUUUUGUUCUUCUCAUUAUUACAGAUGGAGUCAUUUCUGAUAUGGCUCAAACAAAGGAAUCCAUAGUGAACGCUGCAAAGCUUCCAAUGUCAAUAAUAAUAGUGGGUGUUGGACCAGCAGAAUUUGAUGCCAUGGAAGAAUUGGAUGGUGAUGAAGUAAGGGUUUCAUCAAAAGGAGUUUACGCAGAAAGGGAUAUAGUACAGUUUGUACCAUUUCGGGAUUACAUUGACAGAACUGGAAACUACAUAUUAAGCAUGGCCCGACUUGCGAGAGAUGUCUUAGCUGAGAUCCCAGACCAGUUUCUUUCCUACAUGAGGGUCAGAGGAAUCAAGCCAUCUCCUGCACCACCUCCAUACACACCACCUAUUCAUGUGGUGCAGACUCAGAUAUGAGCACUUCAAAUAUUGAAUAUUUUUCAAAAUCAUACAGUGCUGCCAAGACAGAAUUCUAGUACAGUGAUGCACUUUAAGAGCCAGCAAGCUCUUUGUAUGCAGUAGGUAGAAUCUUCUAGUGGGCUUUGGAAAACAAAACAAAAAAAAUUAACUUUAUAUACCAAAAUGUUCAAUCUGGUUGCAUGUGCAACUGAACAGCUUUUUAUUCACCAGAAGCAAAUGGUGAACUUUGUUUCUGAGUGUUACUCUUGUUUCAAACAGAAAAGGCUAUUAUUAUUAUUAUUAUUAUUAUUAUUAUUAUUAUUAUUAUUAUUAUUAUGUGGGGUUUUUGGAGAAAGCACAAGACCACGGGUUCUUUUCAAAAGUCCUUGUACAUAUAAUGUGAAUGCAAUUCCUCUGUAUUACUGUUUACAUGUUACUACUUUUGAAAUUUAACAACUUUUUUAUAAUUCUUAAGCAUUUGGAAUAAUGCAUUGUCUUCUAUCUUGCAAUAGUAAAAAUCCACAAGAGAAGCAAUAUCUCUUUGAAUGAUUGUCCAGUCAAAUGCAAGUGCAAAGCUAAGAAUAGAAAUUGAGGACAAAUGCAUUCAUAGGUCUCAAUAAUGGAAACACCUCACUCAGAUGCUCAGUAAAAUAUCAACCUGAUAUAUUUGAGAAUAAGCUUCCAAGAUGUGAAUAAUGUAAGAAUAUGUAUUUUUGCAAGAUACUCCAGUCCUGAAACAACUUGUGUUUACAUUUUUUAAGAUUGAUUAUGCUGGCAUAAUAAAUGAUAACAACAGUAUCAUGCACUUCUAAUAACUUUUGAGCCCUGUGUUUAGCUCAUGUAAGGUGUGAAAUCUGUAAAGUAUCUUGCAUUGAAUAAUAGUAGACCUUCAGCAUUAUAUUGCUUUCUGCAGGUGAAUAUCUUACUAUGAUUGACAGCUCUUAUAUAUAUAGAUAUAUAGAUAUAUAGAUAUAUAUUGCCAGUUGCUGUGAGGUUUGUCUAGAUUGUCUGUUCAAAAGGGGGCUAGGUCAUUUUGAGUUGGCUGAGACAGUCACAUUACCAUGGAGGGCACAUAAGUGGUAAAUCUUAUUUAACUUGAUUAAAACUGCACAACUGUAUUGCUUUGUUCACAACUUUGUGUAUAGAACUACUCAACUAUUUUACGAUAUGCCUGUUCUUAUCCCAAUUAUCCAGUGUUUUUGCAUGUACAGUUUUUACAAGAAAUUCACAUUUUUCUGAGUAUUUGUGUCAAAAUUUUAAAGUAGAACAAAUGGCCUUAAAUCUCACAGAUACCUUGGAAAUUAUUGUGAAUUGCCUUCAAAUGACCUGUUUUACUUUUCUGUCAAAAUUGUAAUUGCCUUGUAAUGUGUAGCGCUCUUUUUUGGCACAUAAUCUGUUUGGUACUUUCUUUACUAUUAUAUAUGUUAUACUGAAUAAUAUUAAAUUAAGGUGCAUUUUUAAAGCAUGAAAGGGAUUUCUUCUGGAAAAGCAAAUAUAUAUAGCAUCAACAGCAUAUAAUCCUAUGUAAUAUGGAAUCUUCCAUUUUUAAAUAUAUUAAAAGUCCUUAAAAUAUUAUCAUAUUGGAAAAUGCUUCUCUGAAUAGUAUCAGGAUUAAUCAAAUUAUUCAGAAUAGCUAAAUAUCAUAAAUAAUUUCUGCUUCAAGUAUUGAAAUUGCCAACAUAAAGACAACUUGAUUUUAUUGAGACAGGAAUUGUAAAAUAUUCAGAAUUUUGAAACACCUUAUAACUUCUUUGAAUAAACCAGACAGUGAAAAAAUCUGUUCUAAAAAAAAAACAAAGUUGCCAAAUGCUAAGUAUUAAACAUUUCUCUUAUUUACAUUUACUAAAUAGCAAAUAAUGCAGUAACAUUUCCUUAUUGCUUAUUCUUCAGAAAUUUCCCAAAAGAGUGUCUUUUGGUUCCAAGUUUUUCUGUUUUACAGUUGUGUUACUAUUUAAAUAAAAAAGGCAAUUUCUGAAUGUG